GAGGCGCCCCGGCGAGGCGCGGGUGCGCGGGUGCGCGCCAGAGGUCCGGCUGUAGGCCCGUGCUGAGGGCCGGCACCUUCAUCAUGGCCUGGGCUGACCUGGACUACACCAUCGAGAUCCCGGAUCAGCCCUGCUGGAGCCAGAAGAACAACGCCAGACAAGGUGGGAAGGAGGCAGGGCCGCGACUGCCUGUGGUGAUUCUCUUGGGCUGGGGUGGCUGCAGGGACAAGAACCUUGCCAAGUACAGCGCCAUCUACCAUGAAAGGGGCUGCAUCGUGAUCCGAUACACAGCCCCAUGGCACAUGGUCUUCUUCUCCGAGUCCCUGGGCAUCCCUUCACUUCGUUUGUUGGCCCAGAAGCUGCUUGAGCUACUCUUUGAUUAUGAGAUUGAGAGGGAGCCCCUGCUCUUCCACGUCUUCAGCAAUGCUGGCGUCAUGCUUUACCGCUACGUGUUGGAGCUCCUGCAAACCCAUCGGCGCUUCUGCCACCUGCGUGUGGUGGGCACCAUUUUUGACAGUGGUCCUGGUGAUAACAACUUGGUAGGGGCCCUGCGGGCCCUGGCAGUAAUCCUAGAACAUCAGCAUGCUUUGAUGCGCCUAUUGCUCCUGGUGGCUUUUACCCUGGUGGCAGUCCUGUUCCAUAUCCUGCUUGCUCCACUCACUGGCCUCUUCCACACCCGCUUCUAUGAUAAGCUACGGAAUGCAGAAUCCCACUGGCCUGAGCUCUACCUCUACUCGAAGGCAGAUGAGAUUGUCCUGGCCAGGGAUGUGGAACGCAUGGUGGAGGCACGCCUGGCCCACCGGGUCCUGGUACGCUCUGUGGACUUUGUGUCAUCUGCACAUGUCAGCCACCUACGAGACUACCCUACUUACUACACAAGCCUUUGUGUUGACUUCAUGCGCAGUUGUGUCCAGUACUCAGGUCCUACUCCAGAAAUAAAUGCCUGACCUCCCACAACCUAUGUCUGUCCUGGGGGACUUCUAGUGGUCCUAGCGGGCAGGAAUGCCUGGGUAGGUUUCUGUGGAACCUUGUAGUUGAUUAUUCAAACAAGUGCACCAGUCAGGCAGCUGAUUCCUGUGGCAUUCAGCAUGUAAAGGGUUAAAAAAGCAGGGGAGGAGGGGGUUGAGGAUGAACCUCAGAGUUGAUUUAAAAAAAAAAGUUGUGGGGCUGGG